UGCGCGGCGGCGAGCCCGAGCCCCGCGCGGGGAGCGGGCACCAUGGUGCUGUCGGUGCCAGUGAUCGCGCUGGGCGCCACGCUGGGCACGGCCACCAGCAUCCUCGCGCUGUGCGGGGUCACCUGUCUGUGCCGGCACAUGCAUCCCAAGAAGGGGGUGCUGCAGCGGGACCGGGACCCCGAUCCAGAGAAGGCGAGACCCGGCGUGCUCCGGUCCGCCCAACAGUUCAAUGUUAAAAAGUCCACGGAGCCCGUCCAGCCCCGAGCCCUCCUCAAGUUCCCAGACAUCUACGGACCCAGGCCAGUUGUGACAGCCCCGGAGGUCAUCAACUAUGCAGACUACACACUGAGGACCACGGAGGAGCCUGCUGCACCAGCCAGCCCCCAGGCCCCGAACGACUGCCGCCUCAAAAGGCAGGUCACAGAGGAGCUGUUCAUCCUUCCUCAGAACGGCGUGGUGGAGGAUGUGUGUGUCAUGGAAGCCUGGAACCCGGAGAAGGCCGCCAGUUGGAACCAAGCCCCCAAACUUCACUACCGCGUGGACUAUGACCAGCAGAAGGCAGAACUGUUUGUGACUCAUCUGGAAGCUGUGACCAGUGACCACGACGGAGGCUGUGACUGCUACGUCCAAGGCAGCGUGGCCAACAGGACCGGCACGGUGGAGGCCCAGACGGCCCUGAAGAAGCGGCGGCGGCACACCACCUGGGAGGAAGGCCUGGCGCUCCCCCUGGCGGAGGAGGAGCUCCCCACAGCCACGCUGCUGCUGACCCUGCGGACCUGCGACCGCUUCUCCCGCCACAGCGUGCUUGGGGAGCUCCGCCUGGGCCUGGACGGGGGGUCUGUGCCUCUGGGGACCGCCCAGUGGGGUGAACUGAAGACUUCCGUUAAGGAGCCCUCUGCAGGAACUGGAGAGGUCCUUCUGUCCAUUAGCUACCUCCCGGCUGCCAACCGCCUCCUGGUCGUGCUCAUUAAGGCCAAGAACCUCCACUCUAACCAGUCCAAGGCGCUCCUAGGGAAGGAUGUCUCUGUCAAGGUGACCUUAAAGCACCAGGCGCAGAAGCUGAAGAAGAAGCAGACAAAACGGGCCAAGCACAAGAUCAACCCCGUAUGGAACGAGAUGAUCAUGUUCGAGCUGCCUGAUGAGCUGCUGCAGGCCUCCAGCGUGGAGCUGGAGGUGCUGGGCCAGGAUGAGGAGGGGCAGAGCUGUGCGCUUGGCCACUGCAGCCUGGGCCUGCACGCCUCAGGCUCCGAGCGCAGCCACUGGGAAGAGAUGCUCAAGAACCCUCGCCGGCAGAUCGCCAUGUGGCACCAGCUGCACCUGUAGGCAGCCACCCGGGCUCCUCCCUUUUCGGGCCCCGCCCCGCCCCACCCCUCCAGCCCUGCUGUCCUCGGCGACGUCCUCUUUGUGCCCCAUCCUCAUUCUGACACCCAGGAGAUAGAUGUGUUUGCAAAGGCCUGGACCCCUUCCCUCUCCUAGUGCACUCUUAUUUCCAAAACAUGAGCAGG